CAACACUACUAUAUAACAAAUAAUUUGAGAAAGUCUAAAUAAGAAAACUUAUCAAAAAGAGAUGAAAUAAUGGCUUCUUGCCAAGAAGAUAAGAUUCCUACAAUUCUAGAGGUCGAUGCUACUCCUGUGAGCGAGGCACCCAAGGCCGAAGAGGUUACACCAGUAGUAGCUGGCGAGGCAGCCCCUGUGAAUAGUGCUGGAUCACCACCAUUGGCUCAAGCAAUUCAAGAUGAGGAGAAAAAGGCUGCUGCAAAGUAUGGAAACAUGCGAAAAAAGCAGAGUGAUGUUAUGAGGAAAAGAAUGAUGGGCGGAGGUAAACAAUACUUUGAUUCUGGUGACUACAACCUUGGCAAAAGCCGUCCAAAUGCUCAACAGAUGCCCCAAACCAUACCUCCUGAACAACCAGCACCCGAGAAACUACGCAACAGAAAGGCUUCCAUCUCUAAUAAAACCUUCUCCAGGCUUCAGUCAUAGAAGAAGCUACGUUCACUUUUUAAGAGGGACUUGAAAUGCACUUUCAGAUCAAAUGAAAUACUUCAAUCAAUUAUUUGAUAACGUUUUGUGUGAUGACACAGUAGCCAAUUAGGGGAGUUGAAUCAUGUGAGGUGCGUGCAAAGAUUGUCUUUCGACGCGAUGCUUUGUUUAUUUUUCAAAUACAUUGUCGGAAAAUGGUGUAUCUUACGUGUGCAAGUUAUGAAGCUUAUAGAAUUAAGGAAUUAAGUACGAGAGCUUCUCAGAUUUUGACCAAAUAAUUAAUAAUAAUUUGCUUUUAAGCAUUGAAAUAUCGUAUGUUGUGAGAUAUCGUAGAUGCCCAAAUAGCAUAUAAUGGCGACUAUGCUAAAUUAGAUACAAGAAAUUCCUAAGACAAUUCGAUUGAUAAGAAACGAAAGGCAAAUAUUUUGGUUACGUCAUCUUAGACGAUUUUAAAAUUUGAAGCAUUUUAUGACCGAUUGUCUCAUCAAAAUGUUGUGUUUAAGUUGAAUUGAAUGAUGCAAUCAACUUAAACAUUACCACUUGUAAACUUGCAAUAUUUAGCUUUUGAUAUUCGUUGAUCCUUGCAGAAUUGCUGAAAUGCUGUGAGUGUUUGAUAAGGAAUAAAUUGGGAAGCUAGAGGUCUUUACAGAUAUGCUACUGGUCCCGUGGAAAUGGAUUCUGUCGAAAUACCGUCAAAACAAAUAGUUCUAAUCUUUCGGAUGCCCUUUAAGCAGGUGAAAAAUGCCUAGAAGCCAGAUUAUGUAACACCAAAAAAAGAAGUCUACAUAUUAAUCAGUAGAUAAUGUGGUAGAUAGAUAAGGACUAAACACUGGUUUCAACUUCAUUUUGACGGUAUUCUGACGACUCCAUUUAAACGGAACUGGUAGCAUCCCUGAUAUCAGGGCGGACCUUCGAUAACCGAAUUCAUUCAUUUGUGCAACUUGCUGCAUAUUGGAAAUGGGUAUUAACUUAUGUUCUUAAAAUUUACACUUGGCAAGUAUAAGAUCUUAACGGGUUAAAUGACAUAUGUAACAAAUGAUCAUGAUCUCUUGAAAUUUGAUGAAUCUGCCAGCUUUUUAGACUUUUAUUCGUGAAAAUUGUUUAGUAACGUCCAAUGAACUUGUUUUUUAGUUGUAAUUAAUCUUUUUGUUAAAAAAAAUUCCAAUCUACAUUCAAUCGUUCAUGCGCUAGUGCUGAUAAUCGUAUGGUACUAAUUCCAAGUUCUUAUUUUUAGAGUAAGAAAGAUUUUACGAUUUUUACUAACUUGAAAUUUAAGUCCCAUAAAUUUAGAACAUCUACAAAGUUUCUACAAUUCUCGACAAUUUCAUCUGCUAAAGCGAGUAGAAGAAAAGUUUUAAUGGCGGGGAUAUUUGUAUUGUAGUGCUACAAACAUGUAUAUUGAAAUUUCUCAAUUGUCAACAACUUUCAAAUUUAUUGGACGUAGGGUUAAAUAAUAUUCAAAACUACGCUCUAUGCAUCGUAAUAUUCUAGUAUACAACAUAUUUCUCAGCGAAAAAUAACCCAUUGGAUUCUUCGAGGUGUUUUAGAUUGAGUUUGCAAUAUAACACAAUUAAUUAUGUGUGUUUUGUUAAAA